AUGGCAACUACUCAAAUUUUCUUCAAACCGGAUAAUCUGAGCUUAACGACAUCAACUGGAGCUACUGUGGAUGAAGUCGAUGAAUGGUACAUUCCUCCCUGGGUACCUGGGGUAGCUGGGGUUGGAAUGAGUGUUCUGAUACUGCUUGCUGUGGUGGGCAACCUUCUCGUUAUCAUCUCCUACUUCAGAGACAAACAACUACAGACUGUCCACAACCUCUACAUCCUCAACCUGGCUAUAGCGGAUCUCUUCCUUGGAGCUAUCAGCAUGAUCUUCUAUGCAGAUUUCACGCUCAGAUCCUGGAACUGGGUGUUUGGUCGAGUGUUCUGCAAGAUAUGGUGCGUUAACGAUUAUUCUAUGUGCUUGAUGUCUGUGCUGCUCAUUCUCCUUUUGAGUCUUGACAGAGUCAUCCUUCUUAGAAAUGGAGCUGAGUAUAUCGCCAAAGAGACAAAGAAGGUAGCAAUGGUGAAGAUAUCUAUAGCCUGGGUCAUAGUGUUUGGGAUAUAUGGCCCUUGUGUUGUGUUCUGGGACAUCGUGAAAGGACAUAGUGUGAUUGAAAAUGAUAAUUGCGAUGCUGAGUUCAUCAAAGAUCUACAUUUUACACUUAUCACGUCAAUUUUCGAAAUGACCAUUCCUUUCAUUGCUCUCAGCUGCCUCAAUCUUUUGGUUUUUGUAGCUAUUAGGAAAAGGCUUAGGGUCUUCCCUAAAGAAAUUAGUCUGACGGGUGUACGUCAUGAUCGUACGCAACAUAAGGAAGAUCAAAGUAAAACCAAACCUGGCAGCAAAACAUAUGAAGUGGAAUCAAAAAGUGAACAACCAGAGAUCAGACCUAGUUCCACUUUACAAAAGGAGACACAGCUGUGCAAAACUCAGCACUCCGGAAAGGAUUUGAAGGCAGCGAGGUCCUUGGCUGUGCUGGUAAUAACCUUCUUCAUCUGCUGGGCUCCGUAUACCAUCGCUACUGUCGCAACCUCACAAUGUGACGGCUGUCUCAACAGACAUGUGUAUGAGUUCUUCACCUGGCUUCUGUGGGCCAAGUCGUCCAUCAAUCCGUUUCUCUACGCAUCUCAGAGUAAGAGAUUCAAAGAAAAUUUCAUCAAACUUCUUCCCAUUCUGAAAUUCUGCACCAAGAAAGAUCGCGAAUGA